UGGCCGCUUUUCCCGCCUCCGCUGGGGCAAAGCUGCGGUCCUGUGACAGUUGAGGAUGGCCGGAGCCGAGAGUCCAGGUGGGCGGCAGUCGGAACUGGAGCCCGUGGUAUCGCUGGUCGACGUCCUCGAGGAGGACGAGGAGCUGGAGAAUGAGGCGUGCGCCGUGCUGGGCGGCAGCGACUCGGAGAAGUGCUCCUACUCGCAGGGCUUUGUAAAGAGACAAGCACUGUAUGCCUGUAGUACCUGUACCCCAGAGGGAGAAGAACCAGCAGGCAUUUGCCUAGCUUGCAGUUACGAAUGUCACGGAAGUCAUAAACUCUUUGAGCUAUACACAAAAAGAAAUUUUCGUUGUGAUUGUGGAAACAGCAAGUUUAAAAAUUUGGAAUGCAAAUUGUUUCCUGACAAAGCAAAGAUAAAUUCUGGCAAUAAGUACAAUGACAACUUUUUUGGAUUGUACUGCAUUUGCAAGAGACCUUAUCCCGAUCCUGAAGAUGAGGUUCCAGAUGAGAUGAUCCAGUGUGUGGUCUGUGAAGACUGGUUCCAUGGAAGGCAUCUUGGUGCCGUUCCUCCUGAGAGUGGCGACUUCCAAGAGAUGGUGUGCCAGGCCUGUAUGAAACGCUGCUCUUUCUUGUGGGCUUAUGCUGCACAGUUGGCAGUAACCAAACCGUCUGCUGAGGAUGAUGGGUUGGCUCUUAAUGUCGAUGGAAUAGGUGAUCAGGACGUUACCAAGCCUGAAAAUGGAGAUCAUCAGGAGAACGUCCUUAAAGAGGAUGUUCUAGAACAUGCCAAGGAUGCUGUCAAGGAAGUUAAAACAGAGCAGACAAAUGAACCAUGUGCCAGCUCUAGUUCUGAACCUGACCUCCAGACAGUGUUUAAGAAUCAGUGUCUGAACACAGAAUCACAACCUGGCUGCAAACUUCAGGAGCUUAAAGCGAAGCAUUUUAUAAAGACAGACACUGCCACCUAUUGGCCCCUGAACUGGCGGAGCAAGUUAUGUACCUGCAAAGACUGUGUGAAAAUGUAUGGCGAUCUUGAUGUCCUGUUCCUGACAGAUGAAUGUGACACAGUUCUGGCUUAUGAAAACAAGGGCAAGGUUGACCAGGCAGCUGACAGAACAGACCCUCUGAUGGACACCCUUAACAGCAUGAACAGAGUCCAGCAAGUGGAACUUAUUUGUGAAUAUAAUGACUUGAAGACUGAACUGAAAGACUAUCUCAAGCGAUUUGCUGAUGAAGGAACAGUUGUAAAGAGAGAGGACAUCCAGCAGUUCUUUGAAGAAUUUCAGUCAAAAAAGAGAAGAAGAGUGGAUGGCAUGCAGUACUAUUGCAGCUAGAGCGGAGUGUGGCGUCUUCUCGUCCAGGCCGGCGACCAUGCCACUUGCUGUUCCAGGAAUAAAAGAGGCCUAUUCCACAUUUGCUCCUCUCCCCGUCCUCUCUUUGGAGAGGCUGCCGCCUCUGACCUUGAGCUUCCCUCGCUCUCCUCAACUGCCGUAGCCACAAUGUUUAUGCUGAUUUCACAACCAGCAUUCUUCUGACUCAGCUAAAAGCAACUCAUUCCACAGACUUCAGCCCCCACCACGCCCCCAGUCUACCCAGGGUUAUUUGCUUAUAAGUUUUAAGAAGUUUGAUUUGGUUUUGAGAAAGUAAACUAGUUUCUUUUCUAAUUUUUUGGUGUUUAACUCCCAAAUGUGUCUACUCUGCCGCAGGGCUGUUGUCUUCCAGGACCUGCUUUGGGGGCAUCUUCCUGUCAGCGAGAACCUCUCCAGGUCCCCCUCACCCCAAUGAUCGUGGUGCCUUGGGUCAAAGCUUCCUCAAGCCUGAUCUUCUCCUUCUCUCACACGCCUCCCUUCUGAGGUGUGGUCACGGCUUAGAAGGGAUCUUGAAACUUGUUUCCUCUGGGCCCAACCUCUGGAGUAGCCAGGACUGAUGGUUCUGUGGCCUGGAUGUCUGUUACAGGCAAGGAGACUGGCUGACGGCAGGAUUGAGGAAGCCCACCUUUGAUACGAAUUUUACUAGUAAAUUUAAAGUGACCGUUUCAUUCACAGUUCUACUGGCACUAGCAUAUGCGAAUCCAGUACUGUAGUGCUCACAGGGCUUCCUGAGAAAACGUGCCUGCACAGCCGCGCUCUUCUCUGCCUAGAAACUAGACCGGCACUACCCUGUGAAACCUUGGUGGUUUACAAAGUCCUCUGGAUUUCUUUAUAUUAUCAGGGAUAUUCAUAAGCAUAUAUUAAGAACAAACCUAUUUUGAUACUGUUCUGUUAAGAAAAUGUUAUUAGAACCCCCAUAAAUUAUUUUUCCCUUUAAAUUGUGCUGAAGAACAAGAUACUGGCUUAGCUUACUGGUAGCGAGCAUGGCAGUGCGUGCCCUGUUUAGGAAGAGGCAGGCAGGAUGGGUGGAAGAUUCCAAACAAGACCCUAGGCUGCGCGAAUGAUGAGCUUUAUGUAUAUAAGUGUUAAUGCCCAUAGCUGGUUCCCUAAUGACUACAAGAUCUUUUGAAGACCCUCAUGGAAUGUUGUAUAAAACCCCAUGUUUGAAGGGAAGUCCUUUCAGUUGGUGUGAAAUCUCUAAAGCCCCUCAGUCUGUGUGGAAAACACCUUUUGACAGACAGUUGCUCUCUCUCUGGAGGGAUGAGGUCCUUCCUGGAAUAGAUGAUAUACUUUGAAGUAUGUGACUACACGUAUUUCAGGCUCUGGGGUCACAAGUGUUUAUUAAUACUCGUGUGUGUGUUCAGCAGCCACUUAGAUGAGUACCCACUGAUCCUUGAACAAGAUGAAUGAGAAUUACAGAAAGUCAAGGCCUCAGAGAAAUGGUCUGUCCCAUCUUUUUCUGCAUCACACGUCCCGAAUUGCAGAUCCUCAUGAAAAGCGGUGUGGGGCUGGAAGGUCUCAUGGCCACAGGAGAUGCUUGCAGGCCCUGAGCUGGCCUUGUAGAGGGGGGGUCAACGGGCUAGGUUGGAAAGGUCAGGGCGUCUUUGACGUUGUUGGCAGUCCCCAGCUUGGGAACUCUUCCAAGUCCAGAUUUCUGCACCCCAUCUGCAAGGUUGCACCACUUUGUGGCCUGAAAGUUUGUAUUUUCUCAAAUGUUUAACUACCAGAAAUUUCCUUCUUAUGACAGGUCAGGACUGGGUCUCAGAGGUGACACACUACUGUGCCACAGCAGUACAGAUCGCCCAGUGCUGAAGGGCUUGUUUUAUGAAAGGUACUGUUCCUUCUUUUCCAUUAACCAGAAAACCUCUUUUUUUACCUUUUGUUCACAACUAGUUUUAUUAUUGACUGUAUUGGACUGUCUCUUCUUGUAGAGACUGAUUUUGGCCAACAUGUGGCAGUUAAUGCAUGUUUUAUGCAAAAGAAGAAUAUGGUAUUAGUUGCUUUUAAGGAAUUCUGGCAUUGUAUGUCCAUUUUUGUAGAAUUGUUACUGGACUUAUAAUUACAUACUAAACUCCAAUCAGGUUUCUGUAAAAUUAAAUAAAA